AUUUGGGCGAUAAAUCUGAAACGUGUUUUCGAAAUUGAAAUUCCGGAAAAUUCGAGCAUCUUCGAAAAAAUGACAAUCCGACAGCUGUCAAAGUAUGUUUGAAAUCAGCGGCUCUCAACCAAGGAAAGGCAACAAAUCUAGUUUACAUAUUCCGUUGCUAGGAAGCGGUUUUGAUUGUGCAAAGAAGCUUUAAACCAUUUUCAAAAGCGUUCAUCUAAAUUCUAACCUACGUGUUAACUGUACCUAAAGUAGUUUAGCAAAUUUGAACUCCUCAAUUCCUUCGCGCUCGGUUGAGAGGCACUGACUCGCCCCAUGUUUUUGGGACCUGUCAAACGCAUAAAAGCGAGCCGCGAAACAAGAAAGAGCCGCAACAACACGCGAAGAAGUACCGCCGCACACACAUUGUACACACGCACGUACGCACGCCCGCACACACCACCAUCCGAGCAGCAGUAGUACCAUUUUGCGUGGAAAAAGUGUGAAAUAAAAGCCGUACGAAAUGGAGGAAUACCACGAUCUGUCCGGCGACGGGGGCGUCCAGAAGCGCAUCCUGCAGGAAGGGACCGGCGACGAGCGCCCGUCGAAGGGCUGCUCCGUCUCGCUGCACUACACCGGCACACUGGACGCGGACGGCAAGAAGUUCGACUCGAGCCGGGACCGGAACGAGCCGUUCCAGUUCACCCUCGGGACCGGCUCGGUCAUCAAAGCGUUCGACAUGGGCGUCGCGUCGAUGCGGCUGGGCGAACGGUGCAUCCUGCGGUGUGCGCCCGAGUACGCGUACGGCAGCUCCGGCAGCCCGCCGAACAUUCCGCCGAACGCGACGCUCAACUUCGAGCUGGAAAUACUGGGUUGGAAGGGGGAGGACCUUAGCCCCAAGUCGGACGGCGGCAUACAGCGGUUCAUCGUGCAGUCGGGCAGCAGCAAGAAGCGCCCUACGGCGGGCGGCCUGGUGAAGGUGCACCUGGUCGGCCGGCACGAGGGCCGCGUGUUCGAGGAGCGGGACGUGGAGUUCUGUCUGGACGAGGGCAAGGAGGUGGGCGUGGUGGCGGGCGUCGAGCUGGCGCUGGAGAAGUUCCACAAGGAGGAGACGGCCCGGCUGCUGCUGAAGCCCCAGUACGCGUUCGGCGCGCAGGGCAACAGCGAGCUGGGCGUACCGCCGAACGCGACCGUCGAGUACACGGUGACGCUGACCGACUUCGAGGCGCUGGUCGAGCGGUCGAUGAUGUCGCAGGACGAAAUGCUGGCCCAGGCCAAGCUGCUGCGCGAGAAGGGCACCAAGUACCUGAAGGAGGAGAAGCACGAGCUCGCCCUGAAGCUGUACAACCGGGCGCUCACCUACCUGUACGACCAGUCGAAGGAAGGGGAAGCGGCCAAGCUGGCCAUCUAUCUCAACAAAAUUUUGUGCCUCCAGAAGUUAAACUCGCACGAUGAAGCGAAAGUUGCGUGCGUCGAAGCCCUCAAGAUGGACAGCAAAAACGUGAAGGCGCUGUACAGGCGGGGAAUGUCCAAUUUGGCACUGGGCGACUUGGACCGAGCGCUGCAAGAUUUCUCCGCUGUGUUGGAAAUUGAACCGGAAAACAAGGCGGCCCUGAAUCAGGUGACCAUUUGCAAGCACAAGAUCAAGGCCUACAACGAUCAGCAGAAGAAGGUGUUUGCCAACAUGUUUACAAAGUUUGCGCAGAGUGACUCCAAGUAAAAUGAUGUAUCCUGCUCAUUUCGCUACCAAUCGCCAAACUUUUCCCUCCGGAAAUCUCCACAUCGUGAUCAAAAACGAGCUUUGAACUGUUUGAAAAGAAAAUGCAAUCAAACGCCAACUCCACAGUAUGAAUGCUUUAAAAAAAGCCAAAUUAGAACCACACUUUUUGGAGCAGAAACGAGCAUUUUCACGAGGGUAUAAAAUAUAAACACACAUACACACACACACAAACCGAAUGGGAGGGCAAACAUUACUUAAGGCAUAUGCAAAACAAAACCCCCCACACACCUCCCUCGUCUGAUACGAGUGUACCACCUUUUCUUCAACACACGCCCUCCCAACGUCAUCAACUCCCUCGUGUUCUUCUCCUGCCGGCGGUCCCGGAACACCACGCAGAAAGCGCAGGAAGAGCAGAGCCGCCAGCCGGACGUGAUGAAGCAAAAGUUUGGCGAGUGGGGCGCGGACGAGCGCGAACACGAGCCGACCCGGUUCGAGCAGGAAAAUCCGGACGUCAUCAUGCUGAACGAUCUGCACAAGCAGUUCCGCAACAUGUGAGCAGCCGAAUCCGGUCGAUGCAAAAAGGAGGUGCGUCCAUCGUCGCCAUAACAACGCUGCAACGCGGCGAAUUAAACAAAUCGGGAUAUAAGCAGGACGCGAACGCCAACAGGAUGCGCUGUUUGGCUUUGCUUCCCGAUCGUAGUUGGCAGUUUUUCGCAAUGACAGUCAAAACAAAACACCCGGAUCGAGCAAGAAGGUUUUUUUAAUUUCCGCUCCAAAAAAAAAGCAGCAGAAGGUAACAUUUGUAGAAUCUUAACAUGCCCAGUUUUAGAGGGAGAAGCGGCGAUGAAAUGGUAGGGAGAUAUGAUGAUUUACGACGAUUAUAAACUUGGUGGAUCGCGCUGAGUGGUAGAACACGUAAUAAACUCGAAGCAAAAAGUCGCUAUAUUUGCUCUAUAAUCAAA